CUGUGCGUACGUGGGAGGUGUUUUCUUUUUUUGGUGUGUGUGUUUUUUUUUGGUUCCUGCUUUUGAGGUGGGUUGUCUCUAUGCUCCAUCGUGAGAAUGCCCUUUGCAAAACCAGCCGCCGCCAGAGUUUUGCGUGGAGAGGAGGAGCUGCAGGAAGGCGGCCAGAAUUCAAGGCGCAGCCCCUGAACGCAAGACGCUUUUGCCAGCCUGGCGUUCCACCCCACCCCACCCCCCGCCAGAUGUAUCGAGACUACAACUCCCAUCAGCGCACGGGGCGCAAGAAAGACUGACACGUGGCUCUCCCCUCCCAUUUCCUGCAAACCUCCUUCCUUUUCCGCGCGAAACCCCCGACCUGCCUAGCAACUGCUGACGCGGGCAAAGGGGCGCCUUUUCCCCAUUGGCCGAAGGUCCUCUCUUCCGCGCGCAGGUUUCCGUGGCUGGUCCCUGCUUCCCAUCCUCCGCGCAGCUUCUUGGCUUUCAAUACCACACAUCCCAGGUGUUCGCCUUUGGCCUUUUUGGAACCAGAUGCAGAGCACGGAAUAAAGAUGGCAGAGGAAAGCCUUGAAACACAGAGGGGGCACAAGAUCAGGAACAGUGGAGGAUUCUGGGAAAGAACCAUGCAGAAGAUUCUGGGCAAUGACAACACCAGCUCAGGCGCUGAGUGUCAGUGCUUCAGGGAGUUUAGCUACCAAGAGGCCGAGGGCCCCCGAGAGGUUUGCAGCCGACUCCACAGUCUCUGCCGUCGGUGGCUGAAGCCAGAAAGGUACACCAAGAGUCAGAUGUUGGACCUGGUGAUCCUGGAGCAGUUCCUGGCUGUCCUCCCCCCGGAGAUGGAGAGCUGGGUCAGGGAGUGCGGAGCGGAGACCAGCUCCCAGGCGGUGGCCCUGGCAGAAGGCUUCCUCCUGAGCCAGGCAGAGGGGAAGAAGCGGAAACAGGCAGAAGAAAUAGUGGCAGAUCCAGCUACCAACUUGGCAGAGGCAGAGGCAGCCCCGUUGGCCACAACCCUGAGGCCACCUUGCAGGUGGAUCGUGCAGGAGGGCGGUGGAGGUGCCACCUUGCCAGGAAGUGGCACAACCCUGGCAAUUUCUCCCGCGGUUGGUGGAGGGGAAGGAGUUGCUGCUCAGUCAAAGAAGGCUCCGGUGCGCUUUGAGGAGGUGGGUGUCUACUUCACAGAGGAGGAGUGGGAUCUGCUGGAUCCGGGCCAGAGAGCUUUGCACGGGGAAGUCAUGGAGGAGAACUGGGGGAACCUGGAGUCUGUUGCAGGUGCUGAAUGGGAGACUGAGACUGAGGGUGAACCACACAGCAUGUCUUUGGAAGCUGGGUGUAUAGACGGGAAAGCUCAGAGAAGGCAAAUGGAACCAGAAGAGAAGGACAAUUCCUUUGCUUCUCAGUAUAGCGACUUGUGUGAAAUCCCAGCCGAAGACCGAGAGAAGAAAAGUAUUCAGUGCAGUGUGUGCGAGGAAAUAUUUAGUUGUGAAUCAAGCCUUAAUGCUCACAUGAGAAUCCACAUGGAGGAGAAAACAUAUAAAUGCCCGGUCUGUGAGAAGAGCUUCAGCUGUAGCGCACAUGUUCGUGAACAUCUAACAGUCCACAUAGCAGAGAAGCCAUAUCAGUGCUGGGACUGUGGACAGAGCUUCCAACACAGCACAAGUUUUACACGGCACUUGACGAUCCACACUGGGGUGAAACCGUAUAACUGCUCUGAGUGUGGGAAGAGCUUCCGCCUGAGGGCGUACCUUAAUUCACAUCAGAAACUCCAUACGGGGGAUAGACCAUACGACUGCUCCAAGUGUGGGAAGAGUUUUGUGAGCAGUGCGCACCUUCGGUCGCAUCAGAGAAUCCAUAGCGAGGAAAAAACGUACAAAUGUUUGGAGUGUGGAAAGGGCUUCAGGCAGCGGAUACACCUUAGGUCACAUCAGGUAAUCCACACGGGGGAGAAGCCACAUAAAUGCUCCGAGUGUGGAAAGUGCUUCACUCACUGCAAAAGCCUCACACGGCACCUCCUCACAAUCCAUACAGGCGAGAAGCCGUACAAAUGCUCAGAGUGUGGAAAGAGCUUCAACCACAGCAUGAACCUUAAGUUACAUCAGAGAAUCCAUACAGGGGAGAAGCCGUAUGAGUGCUUGGAGUGCGGGAAGAGCUUCAGCUGGAGGACCUCUUUUACUUCGCAUCAAAAGAUCCACAUGGGGAUGAAGCCGUACAAGUGCUCCGAAUGUGGAAGGAGCUUCCGUAACCACAUCAGCUGCAUACGUCAUCAAAGUGUGCACACUGGAGAGAAGCCGUACACAUGCUCGGAGUGCGGGAAGAGUUUCAGUCACAACUCUAGCCUUACCGAACAUCAGAAAAUCCACACAGGGGUGAGGCCGUAUAUAUGCUCAGAGUGUGGAAAGACUUUCAUCCGGAGACUACACCUUACAAGCCAUCAAAGAACCCAUACGGGAGAGAAACCAUAUAAAUGUUCGGAAUGUGGAAAGCGAUUCAGCCAGAGCUCGAGCCUUAAUGUACACCGAAGAAUCCACACGGGAGAGAAACCGUAUACGUGCUCGGUGUGUGGGAAAAGCUGCAGCCAGAGGUCAAACCUUAAUGUACACGAAAGAAUUCAUAAAGGGGUGAUUCCUGUCAAUUCUGCCGAUGCCUGUGAUGUAGAAAGAAUUUCAGUUACGGAACAGGCCUUCAAAGUAGAGGAUCCAUACAUCGGAUAUGGAAUCUAAAUGACUCGAGAGCUUAUCUGUCUAAUCAAAUCUGCGAUCCUUGAGAGGAAAUGCAGAGAAACCGUAUAAAUGCUCACAAUACAACAAAUUGUAUGUUGGCUCCCCAACAUUGCUAAUGAGAGAAUGAUUAUGGGGAGCAAACAUCUAUCAGGAGCCAACAUCUUCCAUGUCAUCCUCUGAUCAAAGGCUCCUCUGGCCACCUGGGCAGAAUAAACUUUCCUAAUUCUUCCAAGUGACCACCUGUACAUCUGCAGUUGCAAAGAUGGUUCCUAUACUGUCCUGUGCCAUUUUAAUCUGAUAACUUCAUGCCAUUGUGACAUUUCUGAGAAGGUAGAAGUUUCAGGUGCUGAGCUUUUUUGUAGGAAGGAGGUCAUGGAGAUUGAUUUUAUAUGGUUUUAAUGUUUAUUAUUAUUAUUAUUUAGUUAUUAGUUUGAUUUUAUAUUUUAUGUAGCCUGUCUCAAGAUCCCUUAAAUUAGGGGUGGGAACCUCAGGUCCAAGAGCUGAAAGCACUCUGUCCGGCCUGCAGGAAACUCCCUCAGCCCAUGCUCCUGUUUCACAUUCUUCCUUGAGUGGUUUUUGCCACACUUGGGUCUGUCCCUGAAUUCUGAUAAUGCCUCUUCUUGGCUUGGAUGGAAGGCAGAGCAGGGCUUGUGCUGAAACUAGCCUAAUGUACAAAAGGUAAAAUGUUCGUUUCCUGAUCUUCCCACGUUCACCUCUGGCCACACGCCCAUCACUGGCCUCUGAAAGGUUACCCAGAAGGAAAUGUGGCUCUUGGGCUCUUGGAAAAAUGUCCCCCACCCCUCUGUUGCUCAGAUGCAGGCAGGACCCAUCCCACCUGAGCAGUUGACGAAAGAAGUCUUGCUAUUUUAGAGUAGUGCAGGGCCUACGGUGGGCGAUGGGUUCAUCUAAAAAUGUAAAAAUCGUGAAAGUGCGGGAUCCACUUUUCUCCGUAACCGCUUGACCGAUCGUCCUGAAAUUUUGACACAACGAUCCAGGCCACUCCCCGAGCGUUGUUAGAAAACCCCCCCUCAAAUCUCACACCUCUGCAGGUACAAACCUCUGUUUCAACAAAGUAAAACAGCGCCCUCAAGUGGAUUUCCUCCCACAGUGCACCCCCUCCCUUCCUGUGAAAUCUACACCACACCCACAAACCCUGCCUCCACCACGAGAUCCACCACUCACAUCCAUCCAUCCGGCAGAGGUAUUGAAGACCAAACCAACUGAAAACAGGCCUUUUGCAGCAACAAUGCCCAACAUUGCCAAGUGGAGGUAGGGGCCUGCCUGGGGGGGGGGGAAUGGGGGGCCGAAUAGGGGGCAGGGAUAGGUAAUGGGUCAGAACAGGGUGGGGGGAGACACAGGGAUGAAACCUGCCCUCUCCACAGUAUCUCGCCUUGACUCAGGGGGACUCUGAGGCUCAGGGGGAUCUGAAGAGGGGCUAUUACCCUCCAUUUCACAGACUAACGCACAGCAACGCGUGCAGGGCCAGUUAGUAGAGUCAUAAAAUUGAAGAGUUGGAAGGGACCACCUUAAGAAAUAGCUCCGUUUGAAGACUUAUGGAGAAGGCUCAGAGGAGAGUUUUCUCUGGGGCAGCCCUUAAAGCAACCUUUCUCACCAGGUGUUCUUGGACUACAGCAGGUAGGUCCAACUCCCAAGAGACUGUGAUCUACUCCCAGUAUAAAGAAGCUUGCAGUGAUCUACCCAUUGACAUUGGAGGGAGGAGUAGUGUGGGUGGGUGGAAGGAAGGAAGGAAGGGGAGAAUUGAGCAGAGUUGUUGAGUUUUUUUGUGCAGGGGAUUGCCCUGCACAGAGUUGUUUAGCUUUUGGGGGGAUGAGCUUUUUGGGUGGAUGAUCCCACAAUCUACCAGGAUCAACCAGGGAUCUACCAGUAGAUGGUGAUCUACUGGUUGGACAUGCCUGGACUACAGGAUCUGUUUUCAGGGAUAGUGGAAGUUGUAGUCCAGGCAUGUCAAGCCUGCGGCCCUCCAGAUGUUUUGGACUACAAUUCCCAUCUUCCCCAACCACUGGUCCUGCUAGCUAGGGAUCAUGGGAGUUGUAGGCCAAAACAUCUGGAGGGCCGCAGGUUUGACAUGCCUGUUGUAGUCCAACAGAUCUGGGGGACCCACGUUUGCCCUAAAUUGUGGAAUUCCCUCUUCACAGUUGUGUCUGGAGAGUUAAAGUAUGUUUGUUGGGACCCCUCUCUUCUGUUUUGUUUAAUCUAUGCAGCUCUGCUUCUGCUUAGAACUGCUCUAUUGCUUUACAUUUUUAUAAUUGUACGAAAAGUUUUGCUUAGGUUUUUAUAUAUAUAUAAUUUUGUACAUUUAUAUUGUUGUAACUUGCCCUAGGAACUUGUGAAGGAUAGAGAAGCAGUCAAAUAAACAGAACGUCAGAAUUUAGCAGACUUCAGGCUUGCAGGAUCUGCUUUGUUUCUCACUUGAACCCCCAGGUCCACCAAGGGGAACCUGGUGCAAAAUAAUAGGUAGUGGUUGGAGGACAUCAUAGAAUUGUAGAGUUGGAAGGGGGCCAAAGGUCAUCUAGUCCAACCCCCUGCAAUGCAGGAAUCUCAGCUAAAGUAUCCAUGACAGAUGGCCAGCCAACCUCGGCUUAAAAACCUCCAAGGAAAGAGAGUCCACCACCUCUCAUGGGAGUCUGUUCCGCUGUUGAACAGCUCUUCCUGUCAGAAAGUUCUUCCUGAUGUUUAGUUGGAAUCUCCUUCCUUGUAACUUAAAGCCAUUGGUUUGAGUCCUACCCUCCGGAGCAGGAGAAAACAAGCAUGCUCCCUCUUCCAUGUGACAGCCCUGGAGAUAUUUGAAGAUGGCUAUCCUAUCUCCUCUCAGUCUCCUCUUUCCCAGGCUAAACAUGUCCAACACUUUCAACCAUUCCUCAUAAGGCUUGCUUUCCAGACAUCAUAAACUCCCUGCAAUUGGGUCAGGCCAGUGGCCCAUCGAGUCCAGCAUCCUGUUUUCACUGUGAGCAACCAGAUGCCCCCAAGGGAAGCCCCUAAGUAAGGGUGGCGCUAUGAGCUGAUCUUUUUCUGGCGUUCAUUGCUGUAAUUGAUGGCAUCAGUGAGGUUGGCAUAACUUGGUAUAAAAAGAGAGCCCCAUUACGACACACUUUAAUCCUGGUGCUAGUCCUUCUCUUAAACAUGACUUGGAAAGGUGGUGAGUACCGUAUAUACUUGAGUAUAAGCCGACUUUUUCAGCACAUUUUUUAUGCUAAAAAGCCCCCCCUCGGCUUAUACUCUGGUGAGGCGGGCGGCUGUGGCAGAGGGACGAGUGGCCCAAAAGGCGCCCUUAUGGGCUGCUCCGCUGGUUUAUGGUGUGGUGAACCGGCUUAUACUUGUGUCAAUAAGUUUUCCCAGUUAGGGGGGAGGGGUAAAAUUGGGUGCCUCGGCUUAUAUUCGGGUCGGCUUAUACUCAAGUAUAUACGGUAAAUAUCCUGCCCUUUUAAUACCUAAAGUAUUAAAAUCAAAACACUAAAGAAGGUAAAGGACCCCUGGAUGGUUAAGUCCAAUCACAUUCGGCUAUGGGGUGCGGCGCUCAGCUCGGUUUUCAGGCUGAGGGAGCUGGCAUUUGUCCGCAGACAGCUUUCCGCGUCAUGUAGCCAGCAGGACUAAAAUGAUUUUGUCACAAUGGGAUACCGGGAUGAGUGGCAGAGCACACGGAAACGCCGUUUACCUUCCCACCGCAGCAGUACCUAUUUAUCUACUUGCACUGGCAUGCUUUCGAACUGCUGGGUUGGCAGGAGCUGGGACAGAGCAACAAGAGCUCAACCCGUCUGCGGUGAUUCGAACCCCCGACCUUCCGAUCAGCAAGCCCAAGAGGCUUUGUGGUUUAGACCACAGCACCACCCAUGUCCCUUUCAAACACUAAUCUAGGGGUCAGCAACCUUUUUCAGCCGUGGGCCGGUCCACCAUCCCUCGGACCAUGUGGUGGGCCAGACUAUUUUGAGGGGGAGGAAAUGAACGAAUUCCUAUGCCCCACAAAUAACCCAGAGAUGCAUUUUAAAUAAAAGCACACAUUCUACUUAUGUAAAAACACGGUGAUUCCCGGACCAUGGGCCGGAUUGAGAAGGCGAUUGGGCCUUAGGUUGCCUACCCCUGCACUAAUCUCAUGUUAUCAGCAAAAUAUAAUUAUCACCUUCUGUAGGAAAGACUAGAGUUCUACACAGACAAUGGAAUCUUCUUCCCCAAGUAAAGUCAUAAUUCAGGAAGGAUACAAGGAUGCAAACUGGAUAUGGUAAAACAAAAUAGCAAACAGACAGGAAAUAAAGGAAUAGAGGUAUUAUAUGGUUCACCCAUCCUCUCUUAGUCUUACCCAUAAAGGAACACGGGCCCAGCUCUUUCACUUAACUUGGAUCCCACACGAUUUAGGGCUUUAUAGGCUGUAUUAUCACCUUUCAGAAACUGAAAUAUUAUUUCGGCAGAGUGCUCCGCUUAGCAACACAGCAGCCAUGUUCUGCACUAUCUGCAGCCUCCAGGCUGUCUUAAAGGGGAGCCCUACAUAGAUUGCAUUGCAGUAGGCGAGGGGGAGCUCAGUAAAGCCUAGAUGACGGAGUACAGACUAAUCGAGUCCAGGAACCAGGCCAUAACUGGUGAGCUAGCCUAAACUUGGCAUAAGCACUUCUAGCCACAGAAGCCACUUGAGCUUCCAUUAUUGAAGACUGGAGUCCAGGACUACAACCAAACUAUGAAUUCAAUCUUUCAGGAGGAAUGCAACCCCUCCCAGAACAGGAUGCGUCCCUAAUUUCUGGACAUGGGAACCACCAUCCUCCCCUAGUACUUCAAUCUUAGCAGAAUUCAGCCUCGUUUUAUUGGCCCCAGUCCAGUCUAUUCUGGUAGCCUAAGGACAUACAGGUUUUGAUAACUUAAAGGUAAAGGGACCCCUGACCAUUAGGUCCAGUCGUGACCAACUCUGGGGUUGCGGCGCUCAUCUCGCGUUAUUGGCUGAGGGAGCCAGUGUACA